UUCUUCUUGAGGAGGAGAAGUCCUUGUCGCUGCAAAUAUCCAUCUACUCUGAGAAUCCUCUGCCCUUUUCUAUUUGGGGAAAGACGGAUCAGCCCUGCACUGCGAUGUCGUCGUCGAUACUAGCAGGCUUGGUAUGGCUCGGAGAGUUCUUCAUCGGGAGCUUGAAGGAUAAGAUCAGCGACUAUUUGAUCCAACGGCUUUUGGAGGAGCUCGGAGUCGAUGCAGGCUUGGGAUGGCUCGGAGAGUCCAUUGGGAGCUUGAUGGAUAAGAUCAGAGACUCUGCGAUCGAGGAGCUCGGAGUCGGAGAUGACCUCGGCGAGCUGAUGAAUACUCUUACCAGGACUAGGCACAUCAUCGGCGAAGUCGAGAACAUGUUGCUUAGAGAUGAAGACACGAAAAAGCGAUUGAAGGAAUUGCUGAUGGAACUAAAGGACACUGCUUAUGACGCUGAGGACUUGCUUGACGAGAUCCAGUUCCGGGUUCUAAAGCAACAGAUCGAGCAACAAGGAGCUCAGGGGGGUGAGGCAAGUAACCAAUCAUCUUCUUCUUCUGGUCUCCCUUCGAGGAAAAAGAGAAAAAAAUCGGCACCUGAGGUUAUCAGUCGCUUACUCGGUAGAGGAUAUGAUGACGAUGCUGUGACAGUAAGGAAAACUCAGGCGAUGUUAGGUAAAAUCACUGCUGACAUCGAGGAUCUCAUUAGCACAUUUGAUGCCGAUGGGAAACAGAUGAUAGAAAUUCCAGUAUUCGGACGAGAGGAACAGCUGAAUCACCUUCUCGAAAAGUUGAUGAAAUCUGCCGAUGGAUCCGGAUCCAGCAACAGUAACAUCUCUACCGUAAGUAUUGUUGGGAUCGGAGGGGUCGGAAAGACGACUCUUGCUCAGCAAGCCUACAACCACGAGAGGGUGCAGGACUAUUUUCAGCUUAAGGUCUGGGUCUGUGUAUCCCGGAACUUCAACGUGGAGAGGCUUACCAAAGAUAUCAUAGAAUCCUUAAAGCAGGAGAAGUGUGAUCUCAACAACUUAGAUACACUUCAACAGGUUGUUAAGGAGGAGUUGACCUCAAAAAGGUUCCUGCUUGUCCUCGACGAUGUGUGGAACGAUGACAGCCUGAAAUGGGAAAGAUUUUGUGCACCAUUGAGGUCCGCAGUACCAGGAAGCAAAAUUUUGGUUACAACUCGCUCUAAAAAGAUUGCAGAAAUGGUUGGCAAUCCGAUCCCUCUAUAUGGUCUGGAUAACGCCAGCUACUGGGAAUUUUUCAAGACAUGUGCAUUUGGUUCCGAAGACGCCGGUGAAUUUCCACAGCAAGAAGCCAUCGCAAAGAAGAUUGCUAGCAGGUUGAAGGGGUUGCCACUUGCGGCAUGGACGGUAGGCGGGAUGUUGAAGGCGCAGAUGAAUGAGAAGCACUGGAGAAACAUCGCAGAGAGUGAAAUAUGGCAACUACCUAAUUGCGAAGAGGAUGAUCUGCCAAUCGUACAACCGAACUAUCGAUGUCUUCCAGCACACCUUAAAUGGUGCUUUGUUUUUUGUUCCCUGUUCUCCAAGGAUUGUCAGUUUGAUAAAGAGGACUUGAUCCGGUUUUGGAUGGCAGAAGGCUUCGUUGUUGCUCAGGACAAUAUGACGAUGGAGUAUGUAGGAAACGGCUAUUUCCUCGAGUUAGUGAACCGGUGUUUCUUUCGGAAAGAUCCUCUGGGAUCGGGGUAUGUGAUGCAUGACCUCAUGCACGAUCUUACUCAAGUUAUUUCAGAGGGGGAGUUUUGUAGGAUCAAUGAUGAUAAGUCAAAAGAGAUCCCAAACACGACUCGUCAUCUAUCAGCAAAAUUGACCAAUGGAACUAACUUAAUGAAGUUCUCCUGUUAUGAGAAAUUGCGGACUCUCGUGAUCAAUUACGAAAGUCAUUGGUAUGGCUUUGGAGUGGAGGACUCUUUGUUCCCUAGUAUCAUGUUUGAAAGAUUAAAAAACAUUCGAGUGUUGAUAUUACGCUACUGUGGCUUGCGGGAGUUGCCUGAGACAAUUGGUGACUUGAUACACCUCCGUUAUCUUGACAUAUCCUACAACCGUCAGAUUUGGAGGCUGCCGGAGUCAUUAUGUGGUCUUUACGAUUUGCAAGUACUGGAUCUGUUUCAAUGUCCACUACAGAGUUUCCCGCACGGCACGAGCAAGUUGAUCAACUUGAUGCAUCUUAAUGCAGCAGACGAAAUAAUUUCCAAGAUAAAUGAUGUUGGGAAGCUGACUUCUCUUCGGGGAUUGUCUUCAUUCAUAGUACUCAAGGAUCAGGGACACGAGGUUGCCCAAUUAGACGGUCUGACACAGCUUCAUGGAGAACUUCGAAUUACCAAUCUUGAGAACGUUGAGAGUAAACAAGAAGCAAGCAAGGCUAAUCUGAACAACAAACAGUACCUUGAUGCACUGGCCUUACAAUGGACAUCGGAUGAUGGCUCCAGUUUGGACGACAAUGAAUUAGUUAUGUCGGAGGAGGUACUCGAAGGUCUCCAACCACAUCAGGCUCUCAAACGUUUGACGAUCAGAGGGUACAAUGGUGUCAGAUCACCCAGUUGGCUGCAGGCACAAUUGUUAGCGAACCUGAUAACUCUUGAACUAGAAAACUGCACAGCAUGGGAGGAUCUUUCAUGUAUUGGACACCUACUGAAUCUCAAGAACCUUUACGUGAAGGGAAUGCCUGCGGUGAAACAAAUAAGUCAUGGAUUAAGUACAGAGAGCAAGUUCUUGCCUAAUCUGGAAGAGCUAGUGCUGGAGAACAUGGUGGCAUUGGAGGAACUCCCGAGUCUUUUACAACUUUCAAAUCUCAAGGUUCUUCACAUCGAGCGAAUGCCAGCAGUGAAAGAGAUUGGACAUGGAUUCUUUAAUCACAUAGACAAGAAUUGGUUACCUAGGCUAGAAAAGGUACAUCUUGAGGACAUUCCAGCUUGUGAGAGACUCCCUUGUAUUGGACAACUGCCGUGUCUUAAGAUUCUUCGCAUCGAGAGAAUGUCAGCAGUGACGAAGGUAGGCCACGAGUUCUUUGGUUGUAGAGAUCGACGCAAGUGUUUUCCAAGCUUGGAAGAACUCAAAUUCAGCGACAUGCCAGCAUGGCAAGAGUGGUCAUGGGCUGAUGGCGGAGAGCUGUUUCCCUGCUUGCGUAGGCUUGAAAUCGUAAGAUGCCCGAAGCUUCAGAGGUUGCCUCCCCUCCCUCCACUUGAAACAUUAAGAUUAGAUGAAGUCGGAUUGACAGAAGCAACGUUGUUCUGUUUUCGAUCAAAGGAGUAGCUCAUUUGCCGAUAUGAUUUGAAGAAUGAUUUAAGAGUAUUGUGCAUCGAACAGUAAUGUACAUUUAAAUUAAAUUGUAUGUGUUAUUUGGGCUUCAAUGUUAUGAACUUUUAAAGAGUCAUUGAAUUUGUUGUAUGUGUUGGGAGUGGCUUGAUUAUAAAUUGAAAUAUGUAAUAGAUAUUAUAUGAAAAUUAUUUGUUUAGAUUUUUCAUCUUA